AAAUCCACCACAAGUGCCUGCUCCAAACCAACUCUAGGUAAUGGCAACCUCAACUUCACGAUUCUCCCGUUCUCUCUCUUUGGGUGCAAUUUGAUCAAUCUGCCGACACGAUUCCUGACUUUUGCGUCGCCCAAUCGCUGCCUCCAACCACUCCCUAGUCGGUCCCUCCGCCCAAACGAAGGAGCAACAUGUCUGGCGAAGUGCUCCAGCUAGCGCAAUCCUACCAGCUGGAGUUUGCGAAAUGUGACUCGAACCAGAAAUACCACUAUGCUGCUCUUCGCCUUGCUCAGCGACUGGCUAGCCUAACACUAACAAGCUUCAAGAAAGGUGCGGAAACGGCACAGGACGUGUUGCUGAUGCUAGACCCUUCGGUGCAUACGAUGGUGUAUGCAUAUGCUCUGUUCGCCCGUAUUGCGACUGCGCCGUCAACGUCGACAGCGUCGGAUUCCUUCAGGCCUGGUGGAAAUAUAUGGAAGCUGAUAUGCCACUUCCUCGAGAAUGCGGAUCCAGUGCAGCUGCGAUAUGUUGGGGAACAGUGGAGCCAUAUUGUUGAUUUUGUCGCGUCUAUGGCACGACUUGCGGGAACGCCCGAAGCCGCCAUAGAACCAAUACUCUCUGCGCUCUACCGACUCGAUCCUAACACUGGUACCUUCACCAUGGCGCAUCUGUGCUUCGUCCAACUAUGUGUGGAAACGAGAAACUAUGCUGCCGCGGAACCGAUUCUCGCCAACUACAUCCACGCUGUAAACCCGUCCAUACCGGACUUGGUCGAGAGUCUGGAAUAUUCGGCUCCGGCAGAAGAUCAUGACAGUAGCGCGGAAUACAUCAAAGCUGGGUCGGGUCACGCAGGGAAGGUGACUAUACAGGCUGUGCAGGAGUAUUAUCUCCUGGGGACCACGGCAUACCUUGGACUGCGCAAGUUCAAAAAGGCUAGGGACUUUGUGGAGCAUGUGCUGGUGAUGCCAUACAGUAAUGGGGCAGCCAACGGCUUCCUGAUUGAGGCUUAUAAGAAGUGGUUGCUGCUCAGCUGUCUGGUGGAUGGUGUGGUCCCGCCAUUGCCGCGAAGUACGAAUAAUGCUGCCAUGAGAGCGGUGAAGGCCGUGUCCAAAGCCUACGAGGCGCUCGCGGAUGCGUUCAAAAACCGGGGGAAUGUGCGCAAACUGCGGGCAAUGAUCAACGCAGGGCGCGACACUUGGCUCGAGGAUGGGAACUACGGCCUAGUCAACGAGUUGCUCGACGGGCAGUACCGGAUCUUCAUUUCGCAAUUAUCACAGACCUACUCGGCCAUACCGAUUUCGAAGAUCAGCUCAUGGGACGCGACGCUAGAAUCCGACGAGCUAGCCGGGUACCUGGAGAAGUUGAUCAGGGAAGGGUACAUCAACGCGAAGCUGGAAACGAGCAGCAGCAAGCCGGAGAUGGGCGUGGUGCUCCGGUUCUUCAUGGACGCAAGGGAAGGACCGCAAGCCAAGAGCGAGAAGCAGCAGCAGCAGGCACUCGUGGAGCAGACGCAGAGGACGCAGAAGCUGGCGCAACAAGUACAGAGUGCGCACUACCGAGUCGGGGUGCAAGACGAGUAUGUCGAGUAUGUGGUGCGACAGAACAAGAAAGCAGCGGCGACGGCAGGAGAUCCGAUGGAUCUGGGACAAUAUGAAGACGUGGAGGUAGCGGGAGCGGCCAUGGAUGCUCAUGACGAGGACUUGAUGGGGGAUUGAAGAAGUGCGAGGAGGUCACACCAGAAAUCAAGAGGAUGUCACCUGUCAACCAAAACGCACAAGGAGUCGGCGAGGCUGGGCCCAAGAGUGAAUCUCGGAUCUAUCGUCAGCCCUGCCAAGCCAUUUGCAUUCUUCACCAUGCAGUGCUUUUCGGGGUACCGAGUAGGUACAUAUAAGGAGAGAUAUAUGUAAUGUGACGCAGCACCUGGAGGGCUUGCGUCUUGCUAGGGACGACAACUAAAUGAGAAAUGCAUCAUGGCCAUGACCAGUCGGCUACACAGUACAGAGUAGGGAGUCGUCGGUCGGGACUAUGUCUGAUGACUGGUUCGAGUAGUAGUAGUCUACCAGUAGCGAUUGG